AUGGCACACCAAGAAACUAUGGCCAGCGAAACUUCCAUAUCUCUACAUACCCUGGCUUGCGAUGCCACCAAGCUCGCCGGCACAUACGCACUGCGCCAAGUGCGGGAAGAUGGUCAUUGGUACGGUGAAAUGAAAUCCAAUGCUACUAUUACAGCGGAAUAUGUCUUUCUUGCGCAAGCCUUAGGGUUCAGCAUUGAGGAAGACCGGGACGAUCUCAUCAAGUAUUUCCUUUCCGAGCAAAAUACAGACGGUUCAUGGAGCCUGGCAUAUGACUUUCCCGGGGACGUUUCUGUAACCGCAGAAGCCUACUUCGCCUUGUGCCUGUUGGGCCUCGACCGCAGCCACCCAGCGAUGGCUUCAGCGCGCGAGUUCACCCUCUCCAAAGGUGGCAUAGCCAAGGUACGCGUGUUUACUCGCAUGUUCUUCGCUUGCUUCGGGCUAUUUCCUUGGUCUGCAGUGCCCGAAUUGCCAGCCGAGUUGAUCCUACUCCCUGCUGCAGCCCCGAUGAGCAUCUACCAGCUAGCAAGUUGGGCCAGGGCGACAGUGGUUCCUAUGCUGGUCAUCCGACAUCAUCGUCCCAUUUAUGCUUUGCCAAAUGGAAGAUCAUCUUCAAAUGAAUAUUUGGACGAGCUUUGGGUCGAUCCAACCGACAAAAUGGUCCCCUAUUCGCCUUCUUUGUGGUCAUUAUGGAACGAUGAUCUUACAGCAUUUGGCUUCACUCUAGCCGACAAUAUUCUGAAAGCCUUAGGUGGCCUGCGGUGGUUCCCUUCAAGAAAAAUUGCACUUCGACAUUGUGUGGCGUGGAUCCUUGAACGCCAGGAGCCCGAAGGCGAUAUCGGAGGUAUCUUCCCUCCUCUGCAUGCCGCAUUGUUUGCUCUCGCGCUGGAAGGUUAUGGCCUCGAGUCUAGCCCUGUACGUCGAGGUAUUGACGCCCUUCAAAACACCUACGCGUGGAGAGACAGCACUGGUUUGAGAAUACAAGGCUGUAUCUCGCCAAUUUUGGAUACCAUCCUCAUGACCAUCGGCCUGAUUGACUCAAGCCUUCCGGCCGAAAGUCCCCUCGUUGCACGAUCGUCACGAUACCUUAAGGCCCACCAACAGCUUGGAAACGAGGGCGAUUGGAGGGUGUAUAACGGAAAUGUCCCAUCCGGCGGGUUCAAUUUCGAGUACUUUAAUUCGUGGUAUCCGGAUAUUGACGAUACUGCUGCGGCAAUCUUGGCGAUGGUGAAGCAGGAUCCAAACCUAUUAGACUUAGGCCCCAUACUAUCUGCAGUUCAAUGGAUCCUGGGAUUGCAGAACGAUGACGGUGGAUGGGCCGCAUUCGACCGGGAGAACAACUACCUGUUCCUCAACAAAAUCCCUUUCAGCGACAUGGACAGUUUUUGCGACCCAUCCACCGCGGAUGUGACUGGGCGUGUCAUUGAAUGCUUUGGCCUAAAUGGUAAAAACCCAAUCCCUCGGUUCUUCAUCGACGACAUGUCCUCAGCUACUGAGCGUGCAAUCGACUUUCUUUCAACGGAACAAGAGGCCGAUGGGUCAUGGUACGGCCGCUGGGGCUCGAACUACAUCUAUGGAACUAGCGCGGUACUUUGCGGUUUGGUCUACCACUUGGAAGGCUGGGAUGAUACGUAUCCCGUCAUGGAAAAGAGGCACAAAGUGGACACUCAUGCCGCCCUGGACUGGCUCAAAAGACACCAAAAUCCCGACGGUGGCUGGGGCGAGCGCCUCGAAUCCUAUUAUGAACCUCGUCUCGCAGGCAACGGGCCAUCCACAGCAUCGCAGACGGCCUGGGCAUUGAUGGGCCUGCUUGCAUAUUUAGCCCCUACAGAUGAGUCAAUCACCCGGGGCAUUCAGUACCUUUCACGGACACAAAUAAAGGAGGGGGAACUGGCGGGGUCUUGGAAGGAGGAUCACUACACUGGCACUGGCUUUCCAAACCAUUUCUACCUUUGCUAUACCCUGUAUUCUCAAUACUUUCCAAUGAUGGCCUUGGGUCGGUAUACCAGUUUGUCCGGUUACAGACCACUAGAAAAUCUGGAAAGCACAGUGGAAGACCAUAAAGGCAACUCUAGUGACUGUUGA